AUGAUUUUGAGGUGGCUCGGACGAGAAAUUGUGGUUGACCUUGGAGUUAAACUAACCUCAGGACAAGUUGGAGAUAAACUAACCACAGGACAGGAUGGAGCUAAACUAACCUCCGGACAGGUUGAAGCUAAACUAACCUCAGGACAGGAUGGAGCUAAACUAAUCUCAGGAUAUGUUGGAGCUAAACUAACCUCAGGACAGGUUGGAGUUAAACUAACCUCAGGACAAGUUGGAGCUAAACGUAACUCAGGACAGGUUGGAGUUAAACUUACCGAAGAACAGAUUGGAGCUAAACUAACCUCAGGACAGGUUGGAGAUAAACUAACUACAGGACAGGUUGGAGCUAAACUAACCUCAGGAGAGGUUGGAGAUAAACUAACCUCAGGACAUGAUGGAGCUAAACUAACCUUAGGACAGGUUGGAGCUAAACUAACCUCAGGAGCGGUUAGAGAUAAACUAGCAACAGAACAGGUUGGAGCUAAACUAACCUCAGGAGAGGUUGGAGAUAUUCUAGCAACAGGACAGGUUGGAGCUAAACUAACCUCAGGAGAGGUUGGAGAUAAACUAACCUCAGGACAGGUUGGAGCUAAACUAACCUCAGGAGAGGUCGGAGAUAAACUAACCUCAGCAGAGGUUGGAGCUAAACUAGCAACAGGACAGGUUGGAGCUAAACUAACCUCAGGAGAGGUUGGAGAUAAACUAGCAACAGGACCCAUGUGA